AUCUCACGUGUGUUUUCUGUAUCAUACAAGAAGAGUCCACACUUUAUAAUUGCAGUUAGUCAAAAUCAGUGAAAUCCCAAUACAAGAAGACCCCCGCAGCCUUCGUAUCCAAGGAAGAGAACCACUGUAAAGGAAUCAGAAACCCAGCCUAAUCGACUCAAGCAAGCUCUGCUCACCAACCCAAUCCAAUCCCUACAAAAAAUAAUCGGGAGAAGGCGACCCGAAGGAGAAGUAGGAGUGUGCCGUCAUUCAUCAGCAAGCAAGGAAAGGUACUUAAUUUGGUGGGUUUUCUUUGGUACUCGCCAUAAGCUAACAAGUUAUUUAGGGACAGAUAAUUUAUAUUAUAUCUCUAAUUCUAUUCUUCGUAACUUGUUUACCACAUCUUCUUUUUAUGCUGGCUUCUUCCUCAUAAACUAUGAUGCUCCAUUUCCAGAUGAAUUUACCCAUCCCAUAUAUUCAUUCUUAAGUUUUUUCCCGGGUACCCAUAUUGAGUAUGCAUAUUUAAGAUAAACCAAGGAUUCUAGAUAACAUAGCUCACUGAGAUGUCGGUACAGAUUAUCUUGGAUUUGUGUUUACUACACUUCACAUGCUUCCUUGGUCUCACUAAGUACAUGCUAUUUUAGAAAGAGUAAAUUAAACAAGAUUAUCCUAUCGUUUGGACUCUAAACUAAGGUUUGCAUAUAAUUUAAAAUUUUUGAGGUGACAGGAGCUAUUACAACAUGGAAAGAUGCAAGUUUUUUAUGGCAAAAUACAAAAAACAACACAGCAUGGUGCUAUUGCAUAGAAAAAAUCAAAUGAUAACAUACUUUUAUGAUUGAAACCAUGAAAUCUAUCUCAAUUUUUUGUGAUAGGAAAAUGUAAUGCAAGUUUAAUAACUAGGAUUUUACACUUCUGUAAUUAAUCUAAUUCAUUUUUAAAUGAAAUAAGGGACUGAAUUCUAGAUAUCUAUGUAUACAAUUAAUUUCAUUUCAUUAUUAGUGGGAGGGGAAAUUUUCUUGAUGCACACCUAUCCAACUUGUUUAAAAACCACUUAAAAAUUUAUAGAAUAUGUUCAAUAAUUGUUCUUUUCAUGCCUGUAUUGGUAUAGACCUUAAAUGCAUUUCUUAGUUUCUAACAUAUUACUCGUUUUGAAGCACUCCAGACUUACAACCAUGAAAUUCUUUCUGAAUAAGAUUGAUAAACACUUGGCCAAUCAGAGAAGCCUUGAUCAGAAUAUGAAUGACCUUAAAAGGAAAUUGAAGGAAUUGAAUGGUCUGAAGGAAGACAUAGAAUCUAGAAAAGAAACUUCAGAGAGAUGUCCAAAUAUGGUUAGAAGAUGUUGAAAGAAUCAAUGGUGAAAUACAAAGCCUUGAUGGAAGAAUUGGAAAAAGCAGUUCUAUUACACUUGGAUUUCGUGCAGAAGAUGUGUUAAAGAUGCUAAAGGAAGUGGAAGAACAUAUUCAAAAAGGUAAGUUUUAUGAAGGUUUGGUUGUUGACAAUCCUCAAUGGAUUGGACAAGUUUUAUCUGUAACAGCUUUAUCAAGUGAAGCUGCACAGGCCUAUAUAGAAGAAAUUUGGCUAUACUUGAUGGAUGACGAGGUUCAAAAGAUAGGGGUUUGCGGGAUGGGAGGAGUGGGGAAAACAAGCAUUAUGAAGGUUAUAAACAAUCAGAUAUUAAAGGAGACAUGGAACUUCAAUAGUGUGAUUUGGAUCACUGUAUCAAAGGAAAUGAGUACUGCCAAAUUACAAAAAGACAUUGCAAGUAAAAUUGGAGUAACUUUUUCUGGUGAUGAAGAUGAAAUAAAAAAGGCAGGGAUGUUGUUUGAAACAUUGUCUCGAAAAAGUAGGUUUUUGAUGAUCUUGGAUGACCUAUGGGACAAGAUUUUCCUUGACAAGGUAGGAAUCCCUGAGCCUUCUGCUGGGAGUAAAAUAGUGCUAACAACGCGAUCAUUUGAUGUGUGUCAACAAGUGGGUUGUAAAUCCCUUAGCGGAAAAAGAGGCAUAAAACUUGUUCUAAGAGAAACUGGGUCGAGUUGUUCUAAAUAUUCCAAAUUUGGAACCCAUUGCAAAAUCAAUUGCUAACCAGUGUGCAGGUUUGCCCUUGGCAAUAAUUAGUAGCUUCUUGGUAGAAACUAGGUAAGGUUAACGAAUGAAUUGAUUUAGAAGCAGAAAUUACUAGUGAAUUGAAAACUGAAAUUGAUUUUAACUUCUGAAUCUUGAAUACAUCACACCUUUAUUCUUUUCAGUAAUGUGUAUUUAUAGAUCGUUUACAACUGCUCUUAACGAUUCUUAGCUA